UGAAUUGUCCAUUGUCUUAGUUUUACUCUAUAGUCUUUACUGUAUUUACUACCAACACAUUGCUUUUGAAAAGACAUAUUUGGAUUUUGCAGUGUAUUAAUCCAAAAAACAGAAAUGAAGUGACAGGAAGAAGCCUCGUGUUUCCUGAAGCCUUGUACAGUGUGUGACGUCAUGCUUCUUCUUUCCCCAGAAAUGUUUCACUGUCUUCAGUCGUCGAGAGCACUGUCAGAGUGGAGGGUCAGCGGGAGGUAUGCUAUGAAGAUGUUUCCUGCACAUCCAAUACUUUGGUCCAGUUUGCUGGUUUUGUUUGCCUUACAAAUUGAGGCGGACAUUUCAGAUGUCUGUGAGGAUACAAUGUCUUCUGAUAAAAUUGAUGUACAGAGUACUUCAGUGCAGGGGCAUGAGGUAGAGCUGGAAAAUAUAGACCUUACCUGCGUCCUUUACCCAACAAAUAUACUCAACUGCUCCUGGUCAUUCAACACCGUGCAGCAGGAUACUCAGCUCUUUGUCAACAUCAGCAUCUGUGCUGGUAACAAAUCAGUUCAGUCUCCUGACCUGUCGUCUGAGGAGAAAGUCGGAUCAAGGUCUUUAGCUCUGCAUGAUCACAAGAUGUCAUAUUUAAUCCUACACUUCAACGUCACCCUGCGCGACAACUGGACAGUCUACAACUCCAAAUACGACCUCGGCAUGCUAGAGGUCCUGUCUCCACCCCAAAACAUCUCUGCAUCAAUCAAAGAUGGAGGUCUAUUGGUGACAUGGGGUUUGCCCCACAGUCGAGCCGACCCCAACCUCAACCCCGACUGCUUUGAAUACCAGCUGGACAUGGGUGACCAGGAAACACCCAAAAAGUUCAGUGACCAGCUGUCCUAUCGAGAGCCCAAUGUAGAUCCCUCCUCCACCUACAGAGUGACGAUGAGGACAAGGAAGGGCGAAUAUUGUGCGGUCUUUUCUCAAUGGAGUGAAUGGAGCCAUGCUGUCACUGUGGAACAGUCCAAACUCAACAAUCUAGUGAUCGUCUCAAUUUCACUUGGAAUACCCAUGAUCCUCCUGGCUGUGCUGCUGCUGCUGCGCCAUCAGAGGCUGUCUAAGGUUCUGUUUCCUCCGAUUCCUCGCCCCCCACAAAAGUACAAACAUUUCCUGCAAAAAAAUGACUCAUUCAAUUUCUUCCACCCUACCCAGUCAGCUGAGCCUGCGGAGGAGGUCACAGAGGUGGAGGACAUGGAGCAAACGCCUGGCAAGACAUUGUGAAAGCUGAAAGACACAUUUAAAAAAAACGCCUCAGGUAUACGCUUGGCAUUGUGCAUUUUUAUGUUAUAAUACUUAUAAUAAUAAUUUUACCUUGCUUGGUCAUUGACCUGUUUACUGUUUUGUUCUUUAAUUUAAACAAAAGGGAAAUGUCAGUUAAAGAGCUUGGUUGAAAAACACUCUGCCUAAACGUACUAUAAAUCAGGGUGUGUUGAGGUCUCCAUAUUAGGUAGAGUAAUUCAAACGAAAGUUAAUUAUAAUCAAAUAUAUUCUUGUAUAACCCACAAUGAAAAUGCAUUAUAUUUCAUGUUUUUCUAUAAUCACAGUAUAUUCAAAACACAAGGGGUUUGUUAAGUUGAGUUUAAGGCCUAUUUUAGUUACUGGGUGUCACUGAUAAGAGAGGGUUUUUUCCUCGGUAAGGUUCUCUCAACCUUUGUAAAUAUCUCUCUAAUUGAUUUGUUGAAUGCUGAGUGAAUUGAUUUGUUGAAUGUUUAGCACCCAGCCACCUGUGAGGAAAUCCCUCAGAAUUCAUGCUGGACAUAGGUGUGUAUGUGAAUUGAUUUGUUGAAUGAAAGUUUGAAUGUGGUUUUUAUCACCGGUCUUUUACGAGGAGAUGCCUCUAAAUUCUGUUCGGAGAUUUUAACAUCACAACUGAAUUGGGCAGUUGAAGUCACAAUUUAGUGUAAUAAAUGUCAGACUGUGAAUUGAGGUUUCAUAUUAGUAAUUGACCACAGCAUGAAAUAUUCUGUAUGAUUGUCAUGUUGUAAAGAGAGAAGGUAAAACCCUGUAUAAGUGUGGACCCAUUUUUCUUCAAAUAAACUGAUCCCACCUUUUGGAUUGGGAAAACUUAAAAGACA